AUGUUUGCGCUCAUACUUGCGCUUCUUGCCAGCAUCUCCGUUUCUGGGUGUCAGCUCCAUCCGGUUCAACCUUCUAGGUGUUCUGUAGACAUCAUUGCAGGCAUCUCACCUCCCUACGCUUCCAUCAACUACGUCAAUCAUGUCCCUCAAAAUGGCACCUUCGGCGACGAAGCAGCCGUUGCAAACGCCACCGGGCUUCCAGAGGGCUGUGCUGUUGGCAUCAAAGUCCUCUCAUCCAACACCAGCUCUUUCAGCUUUGCCAUGUUUCUGCCAACGGCAUGGAACUCGCGAUUCAUGGCCACCGGAAACGGUGGCUUCGGGGGUUUCACCAAUUGGUCAGGCACAGACACGGGCCAUAUCUCAGGAUUCGGAGACACGUCUUGGGCUCUUGGAAACCCUGAGGCCAUGAUUGACUGGGGAUACCGCGCCAUGCAUGGCUCAGUGGUCCUCGGUAAAGAAGUUGUCCGAGCCUACUACGGCUCUCCAGCAAAGUUUUCUUACUACGUUGCAUGCUCGACCGGUGGCCGCCAGGGUCUGAAGGAGGUCCAAGAGUUUCCUAAAGACUUUGACGCCGUUGUAGUAAAUGCACCUGCCUGGUGGUCUACCCGUCUGGGUGCAGCGGGUGUUCAAAGAGGGGUCCUCAACUUACCGUCCGAUGAUCCGAAGCACAUCCCUUCAUCCUUACUACAGCCUAUCGUCGAUGAGAUGGUCAAGCAAUGUGACCCACAAGAUGGCAUCGCGGACAACAUCAUAAUGUACCCCUACGCCUGUAAGUUCCGCCUUGAAGCAAUGCUUUGUACGCAGUCAAACAACAACGCAUCCACUUGCCUCGCACCUUCUCAGAUCGGCACCCUCCGCCAUCUCAUCAGCGACUAUGUGGACGUCAUCCAGACCUUCAUCUUCCCCGGCCCUUCUCUGAGUUCCAGCCUUGGAUUUGUCGCCAGCGGAACGGAGAAGCCAUCCGCAAUUGGCCUACAAUACAUUAUCAACAUGGUCAUGAAUGAUAUCAACUGGAACUGGCGCUCCUUCAACUACGAAACUGUGCAGACCAUUGACAGGAUCGAUCCGGGAAACUUAACCGCCGACAACUACGAUCUUGCCCCUUUCAAAGCGCGAGGUGGGAAGCUGAUUCAUCUCCAUGGACUUGCCGACGACACAAUCAGUAGCGGGGCUAGCAUCUACUUCUACGAGGAAGUCUACAAGACCAUGGGAGUGAAACUGGACGACUUUUAUCGCAUGUUCCUUGUCCCUGGCCUUUUUCACUGCACUGGAAGCACAGAAGCUCCUUGGUUUACUGGGAUUCCCACGAUUACCGGGGCGACUCACGGUGUGCCUGGGCACAACGACGCGGACCACAACGGAGUUCUUGCUAUCGUGCGCUGGGUUGAAGAAGGUAUCGCACCAGAGAAGACCAUUGCCACAAAGUACAACAGUGACAAUGAUUUGAAAGAAGUGGCGAGCCAGCGACCCAUUUGCCCUUAUCCUACGAAGGCUCGGUACGUGGCCGGUGAUUUGGAUAUGGCGACCAGCUGGAACUGUACUUGA